AACAUGGCGGCGCCCUUCGUCUGGAACUUUUAAAUUGUAGUUUCCUGUAAACACAAUUCUUUACUUUUAUUAAGAAUCGUGACGGACCACCAGUCAGCUGCUUUCAGUUAGUGUUCCACAUUUCACUAUGAAGAAGGGUGCUCAACAAAGGACCCCAGGAAGCAGAAGGAAUCUGUCCUCACCUCGUAUUCUCAGUCCAACAUCUACCCUUUCCAGUCCUGGUACAAGGUCACCAUCACCAGCCAACAUAUCUAGAGUGCCAGAAGACGAAGGUAGAAAUCCUGGAAUCAGGUACAUCACAGAGGCACUCGUCAAAAAAUUUCCAAGCAGGAGAACCUGUCACUGAUAAUGUCACUCAACCUUUCUCUGGCCAAAGACAGUGAUAAGAAAUUUAAGUUUAUAGAAAACCUAGAAAAAUGUGAAAGACUUCAAGUUCUUAAUCUUAGCUAUAAUGUAAUUGAGAAGCUCGAGAAGCUGGAGAGACUAACAAAGUUACGUGAUCUCAACUUAUCCUUUAACAAAAUCAGAAAAAUUGAAGGUUUAGAACAUCUGAUCCAUUUGCAGACCCUGAAUCUGGCUGGCAAUGAAAUACAGCAUAUUCCCAUUUGGGUGGGGAAGAAGUUGAAGGCAUUACGCACUCUUGUGUUAAAACAAAACAGCAUAUCAUCAAUGGAGUUAGAUGUUAGCAGGCUGUAUUCAUUUAAAGACUUGACCAGCACAGUCCUAUCCCAUAAUCCCCUAGUGCUAAUCCCCAGAUCUAGACAGUUUGAGGCUAUAUUCCAUCUGAGGUCCGUAAAUUAUUUGCCUGGGAAGCCCUAGACGCAGCAGGAACGUCAGGAAGCACAUGAAAGAUUUUAGAAAGAGGAAAUUGAGAGAUUAGAAAGGGAAAUGGAAGAAAAAGUGAAGGAGAUUGAAGACCUCAAAGAAAGGCAGAUGAUGGUAGCUGAAGAACUUGAACAGCAGGAUGAGCUGAAUAAAUCAUUAAAACAAGAAGCUCAACAGCAAAAUAAAAGUUAUAAAGAGCUGGAGAGAGAAUUGGAGACCAAAAAAGAACUGUUAAAGCAGAAAACAGCUGAACUGACUCGAGCAUGCCAGAAGGAAUAUUCACUAGAACAGGAACUUGCUUUUUAUAAAAUUGAUGCCAAGUUUGAGCCGCUGGGAUAUUAUCCAACACAGGGAUCCGAGGAAAACGAUGUCCCAGAAGAAAGCCCUUACAUUGGAAAAUCUUUGUAUAAAAGAAAUUCUUACAUUAAGGAAGGCUAUAUUUCUGACCAAGCUCAACCAUUAAAAGUUGGAAAACCUGAAAGAAAUGAAGAUGGGAAAGUUCAAAAUGAGGAAGCAAGAGCAAAACUUUACCAAGCGCUAGAUGAAGAGUUAGAUGACAAAGAAAAUAAAGUUCAGCAAGCACAGCAAAGGUUAACACAAAUACAGGAAGAAAUAGGAAAAGCUGAACAGCAAGUUCUGAGAGCCACAGCGGAACUUAAGCAGUUGGAGGAUGCAAUUUCACAACACAGGAUUUCAGAAGCUGAGAAGGAACACCUGCGUCAACAACUUAGUCGCAAAAUACUGUUGCUAAAUCAGCUUCGCCAUGAAGCCCAAGAGUUGGAAAGACAGAUUGACUGGCAGAUGGCAGAAAUAUCAAAAAAGCAGAAGGAGACCGAAGAAUUGCAGAGAAUACUAGAUUCUACUGACCCUAAAGACCCCAAAUAUGCUCAUAUAAAAGCUCAGAGAGGAAGCAAAGAACAGCAGCUAAGUAUGAUGAACAAACGCUAUAAAGAAUUGGAGAGUCGGCUUGAUGAAAUGCUGUCCAGGAUUGCUAAGGAAACAGAGGACAUCAAGGAUCUGGAGCAGCAGUUAACUGAAGGUCAAAUUGCAAUGAAUGAAGCUCUGAAGAGAGAUCUUGAAGGGAUUAUUACUGGUCUGCAAGAGUACCUGGAGAGUGUUAAGAGCCAGGCCAAACAGGCUCGUGAGGAGUGCAGUGAACUCCAGAGAGAGAAGGAAGAUAUGCUGCAGCGGCUGGCUGAAAUAGAAGAGGAAAGAAAUCAGUUAGAAAUUGUUGCUAUGGAUGCAGAAAACUUGAGAAAGGAAUUAUUACACCUAGAACAAUCGUAUCAAGAACAACGAGAGCAGAAUGAGUCCCUAAAGCAGGCCCAGGGUGACUUAAGUGCAUAUGAGGCUGAACUGGAAGCUCAGCUACAAGCCAGAGAUACAGAGGCAAACACACUCAAAGAAGAACUGCAAAGGUUAAGAAAGCUAAGUCAGAUGGAGCACUCAGCUCUACAAGCUGAACUUGAAAAAGAGAGACAAGCACUGGAAAAUGCAGUGGCCAAAGCCCAACUGGCAGCAGAAAAGGAGGAGAAGAACAAAGAUCUGGUCAAACAACUUAAAGACCUUCAGGCAAGCAAUAACCUUCUGAAAGAACAGCUAAAGGAUUAUCAAGCCCAGUUGGAGCACAGUAUGGAACACAUGAUCCGUCCUGAGGAACUAACUUCCCGCAUUGAUGAACUUAUGAGAAAACUGGAGGCUGGAGUGGGAGAAAUUAGACCUUAUAAUCAUUCAGAUAUUUUGGGAAAGAACCUUGCAGUACUACAACAACAACUAAAUGAAGUCUUGUCUCAUUCAGUACGGGAAAAAGAGGAAGCACGACGACGUCAGCAGAAAUUAGAGCAAGAAAUGUCAUCAAUGCGAGAUAAGAUGAGAAAAGCUCAGGAAGAGUACAGGGCAGCAUGUGACAAAGCUGCUGAUGCGAGGAUUGAAUCAGAAAAGAGGCAGAGUGAGGCUCGAGCUCGUCAGCUAGAGGAUGACAUUAUGCUCUUGCAGGAUAAAUUGAGGGACAUGAAGGAGUUACAAACACAGAUGGAUCUGCAGCUUCAGGAGGCAGAUGAGGAGAGGGAGAAGCUCCUUGCUGAGCUGGAAGAUGUGGAGAAUAAGAGUAAAUUGGAUGAUGCCAGGACCCAGGUUCAACUACGUGGGCUUGAUAAAGAGCUGAAUGAGCUGAAGAAGGCUAUGGCUACAGCAGAUAAAAUGGCAGCUAAGCAGCUUUCUGCUACCAAAGACCAGCUGAAGUCUCUUCACAGCACUGUUCAAAAGAUCAGUCAAGACAGGGCUGAGGAAUUAGAAGAAACAGAGAAGUUCCGGAAGCAGGCUGUGCAGGCAGCUAGAGAGCUUUCUAAAGCAGAAGCUGAGAUAGACAUGUUGCAGAAUCUACUCAAGGAAAGAGAAAGACAGAUGCAGCAUGAGCUGGAUAGAGCUGAAGUAGGUACAUCUACAUCAAAUGCCCAGCAAAUGGAGCUAGAUAGACUACAUCGAGAGUUAAGGAGACAGAGAUCAGAAAGUGAAAGGCUUCGAGGUAUCCUGAGCCAAGUAAGACAAGAUAAUACCAGUGAAAUGGAACAGUUGCUGGAUCAGAUUGCAGCCCUCAGAAAUGCCCUUUUUAAUCAAAAUGAUUACAUCACAAGUAUGACAGAUCCUUUCAGAAGAAGAGGAUACUGGUACUAUACACCUUCACCCCCAGAGGCUCCAAGUAUUGGCUCUCAAAGCACCAAGGACUCAGGAGUUGGAUCUCAGAAGCCUAUUCUGCAUUCUCCUUCCAAAGGUAAAGCACGGCAGAGGAAAAAAGAACCUCUGCUAGCAUCUGAGAGAGGUUGUUGGAUUUACUCUCCAGUCAGAAGCAGACGAUGUGGAUCACAUGCUCACAGAGAUAAAGAACAUGCAGAAGACAAUGGAGAAGAUAAUGUAAGUAGUGACAUAUCUGAGCAAACUUUCGUUCCCCCAGCUGGUUCUGUUAUUUACACUGUACUUCCAAAUGGAGCACCUGCACCACAAGGAACUGUGAUUUAUGGUCCUCCCCCAGUUGCAUCUCCUGGACCUGUUGUCCCAGGAACUAUUGUCUAUGGGCCACCUCCACCAGGAACUCAAGUUAUUUAUGGACCACCACCCUCCAGCUUUUCUAUACCUCUCAUUCCUGCUGGAGUGCUACACUGCAAUGUCCCCGAACAUCAUGACUUGGAGAAUGAACUUUUUAGGCUUGAAGAUAUUGUAGCCCAUCUUAAAUCUCAAAGAGAAAACAAAAGAGUAAGAAUAUCUUCCCUAAAACUUGAAGAAAGGCAAAGACUACAUAAAGACAUUCGGGAUCUUCUACUUGAAAGAUGUGACCUAGAGAAAAAAGUGGAAUUACUACAAAGAGCACUCCAGAAAUGCAAUAAACACAAGGAAUUUUUGGAAAGUGACAUGGAUACACUGCUGGAUGAACUGCAUCUGGAGAAAUCUUUAAAACAUCAUGAUGAUAUUAUGGAUGAAAUUGAAUGCAUAGAAAAAACACUUCAAAAGCGACGGGCUGAGCUCAGAGAAGCAGACAGACUGCUGACAGAUGCAGAAACCGAACUGCAAAAUACACAGGCUAAAACCAAGGACACCAUCCAGAGGUAUAGCAAUGCAAAGGACCACCUUGCAGACACUGAAAAGGAUGCAGAGGAACUUGAAAAAAGAGCCGAAGAAACGGCUCUUAAACUGGUGAAAGCUGACCAACAGUUCAGGCUCAUACAAGCUGAUAUCAAAGACUUAGAAAAGCAUAAGGUGGAGCAGGAAAAUAUUUUAAAGGAGAUUAAUACUGUAGUUUCUGCAAAAGAUACCGAGUUCCAGUCUCUAACACAAAAGGUUGACAACAUGAAUGUGAGUUUAGAAAAAAUGGAAGUGGACAUCCAUUUGUCUGAGACUUUGCGGGAUCAGCUUCUCCAGACAUUGAAAGAGACAGAAAAUCUAAUUCAAGAUAAGAGACAGGAGCUGGAAAAGGUGGACACUGAGGUAAUAAUACAGCAGGAAAAGUUGAUAGAACUGGACCGAGAACUUGGUAAGAACAAAGAGGAACUCCGUCUGCUAACAGACAGUAUUGAUCAGAAGAACACUUGUCUCAAAGAUGUCCUACAGGAGGGAGAAGCUGAGGUUUUUGAAAAACAAAGACAGAUCAAGGAGCUGAAGAGUCAGCUAGAAGACUUGAGUGUUCAGAAGGAUGAAUUAAAUGCCCAUAGUAAUGAGAAGAGAGCACAGCUUUCACUUCUUAAGCAAGAAGUGACUCAGGAGGAAGAAAAUCUGCAGAGUGUUCUUGGGCAGAUAAACAAGCACAAGACGGAACUAAAACAUGUCCUGGAAAUGCUACAGCUAGAAAGUAUAGAACUGGAAGGUCUAAAGCAGCAGCACCACCAAAAGGUUAAUGAACUUGAAAAGAUACAAGUUGUCAUGCUGGAGGAGAAAGUUGAAUUGGAGAAACUGCAGCUGUCUAUCCAGCGACAACGAGGAGAAGCAGAACAACAGAAGCAAAUAAUAGAGAAGGGUCAACAAGAAAUUGAACAACUCUCAUCACAGAUCCAGUCCAUUCAGAACAGUAUUGACUCUCAAAACCGACAGAAGAGUCAACUUGAAAAUAGUUGUUUUAACCUUGAAGCAAAACUUGCUCAAACUAAAAGGGAUUUAUCAACUACAGAAGAUGACAUUAGUGCAGCAAAUUCAGCUUUACAAAAACUGAAAUUUGAAAUUGGCAAGCUGAAAGAGGAAAGUGGCCAGCUGAACUGUCAGAAGCAAACACUGAACCGGGACAUAGCUUUGUUACAGUCACAAUUUGAAGAAAAAAACAAACAACUGGAUAAAACAAGAGACGACCUACAUGAUACAAGAGGCCAGCUUAGACUACUGGAAGAGGAUAUUAAAGCCGCAGCAAGGAGAAGAGAUGAGUUACUUAAUGAGCAGUCAUCCCUGAAGGAGGAGAUCAGUCUAACCAGGAUAAAGUACCAGAACUGCCUUGACAAAGAAAAUCGAAAAACAGAGGAGUUGCAGCAGUUUGAAAAGCUCAUUGAGAAAAAAAAUCAAGAAAUUGCAGAUGAAGAAAAGUUGUUGCAGCACAUUAGGAAGGACGUUGACAAUGAAGAGGAGAGGCUGGUGAUAUGUGCUGCUCAGCUCAAAGGCCAGCUGCAUUUGCUGGAAUGUGAACUGGCAGAUAAGCAGAACAAAAUGGAUCAGGCAUCGACAAGAGUGACAUCUCUUGAGGAGAGGGCAAAGAAACUGCAGUUUGAAGAAAAACAGUGUGCUGCACUGGAGGAGAAGCUCAAGGAUAUCACACAUCGCCUUUCAGUAAAGGAACAACUUUUGCAGGAAAAACUGGAAGAAUCAUUGCAUGUACAGAAAGAGCUUGAACUUUCCAAGGCAGAUCUUAAAAUCUUCCAAGAUCAAGUCAUCUCUGACAGAAAAAGGUCUGAAAAACAGAUAACAGCACUGAAAGAAGAAAUCAAAAGUCAGAGAGCACAUCUGGAGAAAGCACUUUAUGAGGAAAAGCAUGAAAAUAGUUGCCUUCAGAAAGAAAUGGCUUCAAUAGAGCAGGCAGCACAUGACAAUCAUGAAAGGGCCAAACGGCUUAUGAAGGAACUCGAUCAGAUGAGAGUGGAAUAUUUUGAACUCAAAAAGCAGCUAAGAAGUCAGUCAGAGAUGGAAGAAAGACAAAAAGAGAUAAAAGAAGCAAUAAGGCUCCUUAGGUCAGAAGUGAAAUCUGAAAUCAAUCAGAGCCUAAAGAGCUUGGACCGGUUGCAUGAGGAUCCUCAAGAUGAUUUUGAAGACCUGUUUCAAGACAAGAAGUUUGAACUUGAAGAUCUGAAGGAAAAUCUCCCAUUUACUGCUAAUGAUGGAAGACAGUUUAGUAAGGAGAAGCUUGGUCUCCCUGUAUAUUAUUUGCAGGAUGAACAGUGGCGUGGAGAGGCGAUUCGAGAGAAGCUUCGUCAGCAUGAAGAUCACCUCAAGACACAGCUUCGACAGCGUAUGUCUAGGCAAGCAGAGGCGCUGAGCAAGCGGAAACAGCAGGCAGAGGGAAAUUUGCACUGUCUAAAGAAACAAGUUGAUGCCUUAGAUGAAAUAGUUAGCAAUAUCUCAACAGAUUUUUUGAGUCAGUCCAGGAAUGCUUCAGGAUGUACGUCAUCAUUUCCUGAUGAUCCAGAAAUGAAUAUGAGCAUGUCAUUCUGUGGAAGUGUGCAUUUUCCUUCAAAGAAGACAGCUACAUCAAGAAGUUCUUAUAGGCACAACACUGAAGGCACUAGUCUGAUUGAACAUGAAGGAGACAGCUGUUAAUCUCACCAUACAGUUCUGCCCAGCAGCAGCACUGAUUGAAGUGCUACAAAAUUUCUUGGUCUGGCUUGAAUAUGGAUCACUUCUACCUCACUUUUUGUCAGUAUACAAGUGUGCAUAUGUGCCAUUUUAUGAAUUUUGACAAAAUUUACUGUGUAACAGACCUAUUUUUUUUUUUUUUUUUUACAGUGGGGGUGCUGUUUUGUUUGAUAAAACUCAAAUAAAUAUUUUUAUACGUUGUUUAUUUCUAUACUUAAAAUGACUGGUGCUUUCUUUAUUCAGUAAGCAGUUUGCACAAUUAAAGCAUUUGUAAAAUAUAUGAAUGUUAUGUACAUUUGGUACUUGCAACAUAGGCUUUAUAUAAUUAGCUUUUAUUAAAUUUAUUUUUAUUUAA